GGGUGGGGAGGCCCGGGGCCGAGCGGCGAGACUACUCUGGGCCGCUGUGCUGCGCUGGCUGAGAAUGCGCUCGUCCCACGCACUAGCAGACAUGGAGAUGGCAGACUACAGCGAGGCUCUUGACCCGGCGUACACCACGCUGGAGUUUGAGAACAUGCAGGUGCUCAGCAUGGGCACAGACUCCUCCCCUGCCGAGAGUGCCAAUAUGAACGCUGCUGGCCACCUGGGCGCUGGCUCGCUGUGUGCCAUCUGUGGGGACCGGGCGACGGGCAAACACUACGGCGCGUCCAGCUGUGAUGGCUGCAAGGGCUUCUUCAGACGCAGCGUCCGCAAGAACCACAUGUACUCCUGCAGGUUCAGCCGACAGUGCAUAGUGGACAAGGACAAGAGGAACCAGUGCCGAUACUGUCGAUUGAAGAAAUGCUUCAGGGCCGGCAUGAAGAAGGAAGCUGUACAGAACGAAAGAGACAGAAUCAGCACGAGAAGGUCCAGUUAUGAGGACAACAGCUUACCGUCCAUCAAUGCUCUCAUCCAGGCAGACGUCCUGUCCAGACAGAUAUCGUCACCGGGGCCAAUUCUAAAUGGCGACAUCAGGACAAAGAAGAUAGCAGCAAUUACAGAUGUGUGCGAGUCGAUGAAGCAGCAACUACUAGUGCUGGUGGAGUGGGCCAAAUACAUCCCCUCCUUCUGCGACCUGCCACUGGAUGACCAGGUAGCCCUUUUGCGAGCUCACGCUGGGGAACAUCUCCUCUUAGGUGUAGCUAAGCGCUCAAUACUGUACAAAGACUUGCUCCUAUUAGGAAAUGAUCACAUAAUCCCACGGAAUUGUCCGGAGUUGGAAGUGAGUCGUGUGGCAGUGAGAAUUCUGGAUGAACUGGUCCUACCUUUCCAGGAACUCCAGAUAGAUGAUAAUGAAUAUGCUUGCCUAAAAGCUAUUGUAUUCUUCGAUCCAGAUGCCAAGGGGCUGAGUGACCCGGGGAAGAUCAAGCGUAUGCGCUACCAGGUGCAGGUGAGCCUGGAGGACUACAUCAAUGACCGGCAGUACGACUCCAGGGGACGCUUUGGCGAGCUGCUGCUGCUGCUGCCCACUCUGCAGAGCAUCACCUGGCAGAUGAUCGAGCAGAUCCAGUUUGUCAAGCUCUUCGGCAUGGCCAAGAUCGACAACCUGCUGCAGGAGAUGCUGCUGGGAGGCUCUGCGAAUGAGGCUCCCCACGCCCACCACUCUCUUCACCCUCAUCUGGUGCAGGAGCACCUCAGCAACAACGUCAUUGUCACCACUAACAUGGCCACUCCAAUCCACAACGGCCAAAUCUCCACUCCGGAAACUCCAAUACCCUCACCCCCAGCAACAUCUGGCUCCGAACACUACAAAUUGGCUCAGGGUGUCAUAGCAACGGUGGCCAAGCCACCCAGCUCGAUCCCUCAACCCACCAUCACUAAGCAAGAAGCCAUUUAGCUUGCACGUUAACACAGACAGAAUACAUAUGGUUUUCCACCUCAGAGAAAUUUGUAAUGUAUUUGUUUCCUUUGCUCCUAUUGUCGGGAAUAGCUCUAACAUGAUAAUGUUGUGAAAUAUUCAAGGACAUAUUUUUUUUUUGUGAAUUUUACGGACUUUGAGGGGUUAACAAAACUCUUAUACAAUCACACACACAUAAACAUACACACACUCACAUUAAAUGUAAAAUGCCUUAGGAAAAAAUGGAUUAUGUGUAAUUAUACUAAGUACAUGAAUGUUACAGUCAUCAGGCCAUUAGAGGAGCUGGGUACUGUAUAGUAUUUAAGUGAGUCAAACCUAGAACCUAUCUAAUUCAGGCCAGUAACAUGGAAUAAACAAUAGUUUCUUGUGAGAAUUCAUCUUGCCCGAAGCUUUGUGACAGCUUGUGUUGCCUUUCCAAUCUAACCGCAGUUUUCAUGCAUGUUUGUUUGUUUUUGAAUGUCAAUAUAAACACACAAUGCAUUUUGUAUAACAGUCUUCUCCAAGCAUCAUAUUAGCCAAAUGUAAAUAUCAUGUACAGUAUAUUAACUGGAUUGGUUCAUAGACAUUAGAGCACUUUGUGAUGAGCAGAGGCUCCCUGUGAGAUCUGACAACUGAAGAAGUCCCUUUAUUUUCACUUUCAGAAAUGUCAGAUAAAAGUUGUUUGUUCUGUAGAUGUGUAGACAUAUUCUGUUGGCUAUUAGAUACUGACAGGUGCAAUGUUAACUAAUUUUGCAAACUGUAAAACCUCUGGAAAAGUGCCUUUGGAAACCACACUGCUAUACCUGACCUUGAAAUGUGAAAUGAAAAUUAAAAUGUCAAGGUUUUAUUUUUA